AUGAGGGCUAUGCACCCGGCCUCCACCAUGGCCUCCGUGCCUGAGGAAGUGCAGCGUGGGGAGGAGGAUGCGGAGACCUUCUCCUUCCAGGCGGAGAUCGCUCAGCUCACGUCCCUCAUUAUCACCACCUUCUGUUACAACAAGGGGAUCUUUCUGCGGGAGCUGAACUCCAGCACCUGCGACGCGCUGGAUAAGAUCUGUUAUGAGAGUUUAACAUAUCCCUCCGAGCUAGACAGUAGUAAGGGCCUCAAGAUCGACAUAGUCCCUACCCCCCAGGACCACAUGCUCACCCUGGUGGACACUGGCUUCACCAACAACCUGGGCACUCUUGCCAAAUCUGGUACCAAACCCUUCAUGGAAGCCCUGCAGGCUGGUGCAGACAUCUCCGUGAUUGGGCAGUUUGGUGUGAGUUUCUACUCUGCCUAUCUGGUGGCUGAGAAGCUGCUUGUCAUUACCAAGCAUACAGCUGGGUGCUCCUUUACUGUCCUAACUGCCUAUGGUAAGCCCAUUAGACAAGGCACCAAAGUGAUCCUGUAUUUGAAGGAGGACCAGACAGAGUACUUGGAGGAGUGGCAUGUCAAAGAGGUGGUGAAGAAGCACUCCCAGCUCGUUGGCUACCCUGUCACUCUAUACAGAUGGAGAAGGAGCAUGAGAAAGAUCAGCGGUGAUGAGGCAGAGGAGGAGAAAGAAGAGAAGGAAGAGGAAGAGUCAGCAUCCAAAGAUGAGGAGAAACCCAAAAUCAAGGAUGUGGACUCAGAUGAGGAGGAGGAAGAGGGAGACAAGAAGAAAAAGACCAAGAAAAUCAAGGAGAAAUAUAUUGACUAGGAGGAGCUGAACAAGAUCAAAUCUAUUUGGACCCGCAACCCUGAUGAUAUCACCCAGAAGGAGUAUGAUGAGUUCUACAAAAGCCUCACCAAUGACUGGGAGUACCAACUGGCUGUCAAGCACUUUUCUGUGGAAGGGUAGCUGGAAUUCAGGGCCCUGCUCUACUUCAUCCAUGGCAUUGUGGACUCAGAGGACCUGCCUCUGAACAUACCUUGUGAGAUGCUCCAGCAGAGCAAGAUCCACAGAGACAUUGUGAAGAAAUGCUUGGAGCUCUUCUCUGAGCUAGCAGAGGACAAAGAGAACAACAAGAAAUUUGAGGCCUUUUCCAAGAACCUGAAGCUGGGCAUCCAUGAGGACUCGACCAACCAAAAGCGCCUUUUGGAGCUGCUGUGUUACCACAUGCCCCAGUCAGGCAAUGAGGUAAAUUCACUUUCAGAGUAUGUCCUUAUGAAGGAGACUCAGAAGAGUAUCUGCUACCUCACAGGGGAAAGCAAGGAGCAGGUUGCUUGCUUGGCCUUUGUGGAGUGUGUGUGGAAGUGUGGCUUUGAGGUGGUCUAUGUGACAGAGCUUGUUGACAAGUACUGCAUGCAGGAGCUAGAGUUUGAUGGCAAGGCCCUGGUAUUAGUCACCAAGGAAGGGCUGGAGCUGACUGAGGAUGAGAAUGAGAAAAAGAAGAUGGAGAGCAAGGCCAAGUUCAAGACCCCCUGCAAACUCAUGAAGGACAUCCUAGACAAGAAGGUGAGAUGGGUAACUAUCUCAAACCAGUUGGUCUCAUCUCCCUGCUGCAUUGUCAGUGGCACCUACAGUUGGUUGGCCAACUUGGAGCCCAUCAUGAAGGCUCGGGCACUGCGGGAUAACUCUUUUAUGGGCUAUAUGAUGGCCAAGAAGCACCUGGAGAUCAACCCUGACCACCCGAUUGUGGAAACCCUCCACCAGAAGGCUGAUGCUGACAAGAAUGACAAAGCUGUCGAUGACCUGGUGGUGCUGCUCUUUGAAACUACUCUGUUGUCCUCUGGUUUCUCCCUGGAAGAUUCCCAGACCCACUCCAACUGCAUCUACAGGAUGAUCAAACUGGGGCUGGGCAUUGAUGAAGAUGAGGUAACUGCAGAGGAGCCCAGUGCAGCUGUCCCUGAUGAAAUCCACCCUCUGGAGGGAGAUGAAGACACAUCUUGCAUGGAAGAGGUAGAGUAA